AUAUGCGCCACCGUCCAGCUCUGCACGUCGGGUCUCCGCGGGAUGGAUGUCCGAGCUGAAUGACGUGAUUUCUUCCAGCCGCGCAGAAGGUUUUGCGGUCGCAGCGCGUCCCCAGCGGGAACGUGGAUGCUGGACGCUCCCGUGACGUCGCGUCACCUCGGACCCCCGUGCGGGAUCAACGGGACCAGCGGACAGAGCUAGAUUACAUAUAGGAAGGCGUUCAAAGUUUAAACAAGUCUGAUUUGUCUGAAGAAAAAAAACAAAAAACAAUCUGGAAUGUAAGGCUGUGGUGCAACGAUUAGAUGGAGAUACAUAUGCAAUUAUCACUUGUAUCAGUGGAAUGAGGUUUAUUUGGUCACCGAGCAAUUGAAAAUACAAACUGUUAUCGGAGAGAAGGUUUGGAACGGACUCCUGCUCGCUUUCACGACCAUUUCAUCUCCGAUGCAACAAGAUAAAGUUAUUCUUCCCAGACCGAGGAUGCCACCCUGGGGGUCCUUUCAAGGAAGGGAGCCCGGGGAAUGAAAUGAACGCCGGAUUUCUGCGCCUUUAGUCGGACACAGAAGCGAAGGAAGAAAACGGACGGAAAACCACCUCUUUAUUUUUUUAUAUAUAGGCCAUAUAUUUUCUGUGCUGCCCUUUGACUCCUGCACAAUGGGGAUUAUGCUUCAAGUUAUUCUAGGAAUGUUUCAAUUCCUGCUGCUAACCAGAAUACCGACGUCCCAUGCAAAGCUCGCCCACUGGCGCCCGGCAGACUCUCCAAAAUCCAGAGAAGGCCGGGAAGUGCGGCGGUGGCUGGAGGUUUAUUCGCGCAGCGGCUGCGAGCCUCGGGACACUCUGGUGGAGAUCUGGCGGGAGUUGCCGGGGGAGACGCACCAUCUCUUCAUCCCGUCCUGCGUCUCGGUGAGGCGAUGUGGCGGCUGCUGCGCUGAUGAGGCCCUGGAGUGUGUUCCUUCGCUCACGCACACACUCACCAUGGAGCUGAUGAGAACCUCCUUCAUGCAACAUGAGCUCAUUGAGCUGCCCGUCGUCGAGCACAGCCAGUGUGAGUGCAGAUUAAGAGAACAAAUCCAGCCGACCUCGACAACAAGGCCCGCUGUGAAGCCAACGAGAACGGGCAAGAAAAGGGAGAGAGGAAAGUCCAGACAGAAGACAAGUGGAGCCAUCAGAGCUGCGACCCACGCGCCCCCAACUCUUCGUCCCCCGUCCUCUCCUCCUCCUCCUCCUCCUCCUACCGCGCCUCCUCCCCCGUCGCACCCGCCCUCCGGCCUCUCUCCCUCCCCGUCGCCGUCUCAGAGGCCUCGCUGCCCCCGCUGCAGAGGGAGGAAGUGGGCUGUGGAUGCGACGUCGUGCCGGUGCCGCUGCACCAUCACAGCCGAGAGCUGCGGACGGAAAGGCCGGGUGCUCAACCCUCGCCGCUGCAGGUGUGAUGCCCUGAGGACCUGAUGCGUCUACUCACUUUCUCUUCACCUCCUUCUUGCCACCCACCCCUGUUGAUUCAUCGGCCAUUCUCAGCGUCAGUGCCAUGGAGCGCACAGACGCUUCAGUCACCUUCAGACUGAAGGACACACACACACACACACACACACGCGUAGCAGCACUCUUAAGUUAAGCCACAAGUGCGACACUACAGCCUGAAUAUAGACCUACGUAUGCAUGUGCAGCCAAACAUCUUACCACCUCCUCUGCUUCCGUGGCUCAGCUUGUGUGUCGUUCCACAUGUACAGACACGUAGAGUCAAAAAAACAACAACAGCACGUCCCAAGAGUGGAGGGGUGAAGAGGCAGCUUGAUGGCAAACUCUGUCUCGGCGGACAACAAUCGCUCGAGCCCUUGUGCUUCAAGUCUGAACUUCUGAUACGAGCAGCGGAGACGCGACCGACUACACGAGGACAACGGACGAAUGACGCCGAGCACGCGAGAAAAACCUACGUACUGACGCCUGCGGUCCUGUCGCGGCGGAUUCCAGGCCGAAAAGUUGACGGCGGAUUUCUGUCUGGAGGGUUCGGGAAGCAACAGAUUUGCAGACGCACUCGUCCGCAUUCGCAUACGAGGAGGACACACAGGCCGUCCACAUGACCCGGCACCCCGGUGUGCGUGGACCUAUAGCUGAGCUGAAUGCCGGGAUGGAGAGUAUCUGUGUGGUCUCCCCCGCUGAAAGACCCAGAUGGGAUAUCCCUGCAGCCGGUCUCUCUCCCAUUCAAAGCGCAUGACCACGGGGCCGGCUCUCCAAGCCGCUUUCCGCCAUUUGUUUAAUUUGGGUCCUUUGUCUCCGUCUUCCCUCGGCUCCCGGAUUGAAAGCAGCCGCUUUGCCUCUCUUUGCCUCUCCUUUAGGCAGUGAGCAGAAUGACAAUAAUGAGGCCUGGCGGCUGUCCACCGCUUCACAAACACACACAAACACACACACAUUUGCGCUUAUAAUACUAGAAACACAAACGACACUGCAAAGGCCGACACACACAACCUGACUCGCUCUGUGCUUAUAGCAGGCGCGCAUACAUUCAUAUUUACAUCCAUAUUUACACACACACACACAUGUGAAUGCAAGUAGCCAUAAGCAUUUAUUUGUGCCACAUCAAGUGUGCAAAUAUACACGUGUUAGUCGUUUGUGUUUGCAAUAUACUGCCAAGUCUUCAUCUAAUAUUGUAUUAUAUGCCUCUGUUUUAUAUUUUAUUAUAAUUCUGUCAAGUUGAUUGAAAAUGCUCUAUUGUAGAAUGUGAGUCUUUGUCCGUUCAUCUUUAAUCCGGCUGCAUAAAGAGUCACGCUGGGUGGCCGUCUAUGUACACGCUCAGCAUCUCAACCGAUACCCAAAUGUAUUGAGUUUAAACGCAGGGCUCACACGCCACCACGAAUGGGGAAACUAUAUACAUUAUAAUGCGUGACUCAAACAAUUGGCGGGGGUUGUGUUGUCCGCGGCACAUAGAAACCAAGCGAAUAUCCGUUCCCAGUGCAGUGAAUGAAAACAUGGCUGUUUUUGUUGCACGUGGGAGCCGCCGUAGAAAAGAGUAUUAUUCAUUUGGAACGGAACCUGUUUGUAUUCUGACCGAAUCUCACGGUUUUACUCCAUGUUGGUUUUGUGGCUGCUGGGCCGAUGGGUGGGAGCUUUGACUUUAAAUGUUUCCAGGAAGGACGAGGUCUGCAGCAGCUCGGGCUGAAGCCGGAGCUCAGGGGACCCAUUAUGACGGCUCCUGGAGUUCAUACCAUCUUUUGAAAACACUCAUUCAGACGCUUUGUCCUGUGCCAAACAUUUUUUACCAGCGCAUCUAAUCUUCAUGACAAACAGUAGCUUUGAAAUUCCAUAAUUAAUGUCUCCACUCUUCCCAGGAUUCGUACGAUCCUGCCGAUUAAAACAGUCCAGAGGCUGAAUUAUUUGUGAGUCAGCCGUGAGCUGUUUCCGUCGCUGGUGUGAUAACCUCUGUAUUUAUACUCUCCUGAGAUGAGAUUAUUUUUCCACGCUUGCGUCCAUCGUUAAGUGUUUGUUAUUCCUCAUCAAUCAAACGAUGCUUCAAUCACUACCUCUAUAUCAAACCAUAUUAAUGACCAAGUAUUAGAGCCUUGUUGUUAUUUCAGACCUCUUUUAAGAUAAUGCUUUUAUUUGCAUUUAGCAAUAAGCACAGUCUAAUGUAGAUACGUGGACCUGCAGCAGAUCUGUAGUGAGAAUCACUGGUUUAGAAGAACCGAUAGGAGUUUUCUGUGUGCAUCUUAAUAAUCAAAUGAGAAGCAUUUUUUAUACGAGGAGAAAGAAACUGGUCCUCUGAGUACAGACCAGACACUGUGUGACUAUGUGGAACAGUAGAAGAUGCCCCAAAGCGUUUGUAGCCUCAAACUACUGGUGAUGUCGAAGUCUCGGAUUCAAACGCUAGAAGUUUUGCAUCUCGGGAAAUCCGCUCAUUCCCUUUGUUAUACAAGAAGAGUUCGACCACACUCAUGUCUGUACUAUGUGGAGCUGGAGCCAGCGAUCACUUAGCUUAGCGUAAAGACUGGAAACCGCUAGAUGCAAGUCUGAUCUAACUCUCCAACCUUGAUCUGUUGAAGGGUCCCUGAACCUCAGUAGACAUUGCACUUGUUUGAGAUCGUAAAGCGCACAUUCUACAUGAGCCUGCUGGGGGAAACAGCAAAGGGAGUCAGAUUGAAAAGCGCCACUCUUGCAGACAUGUGCGACAUCUCAAAAGACAUCCCACCCUGAAGAGUUGUGUUGCGCUGAGAUCUCUGUUUUCACGGCCAGUCGGGUUAAUUCCUGUUGAGAACCACAAAAGCAGAAACAGCAAAUCCCCUUUGCAAAGCGGCAGUACUGAGAGACGAAGGCGUCCCGUGUACCAGAAACCGCCCUGCGGCCCCAAAAGACCAUCUUCAAAAAAAGAAAGCAUCAGUCGUCGCAGUCGCCUGCCAUCUUGUCAACGUCCCGACUCUUUGAGAUAUACAACGUGGACGUAUUAAUAUCCUACUUAGAUGUCAGUGUGCUUUGUAUCUGCACAGUCUACAUGGUACUGUAACGGUGGCCCUGUCCUCGCCUCCCUUGGCCUAUAGAGACCCCUGACUAAACUAUAUAGCGUUUCAUAGUCUCUAGCCUGACCUUGUGUUUGGCCUAAGUACAUACUAGAGAUGUAUUUGUGACUUUGUGUUAGCUAUACCUUGCAAUAAAUCUCUACGCUGCCAAUACAUUGUACUACUGUAGCCUACGUAUAAAGAAAACACUCUUUUUUUUUUUGCUGCUACACCAUUUGUGCCCUAAUAUGACGUCUCUGUAGAAAACAAUGCAGUCUUAUGUUGUGUUAGUAUAUGAAUGCCAAUUAAUUCAAUGUCCACAUAAAAGUCUGUACUACAAUGUCAAAUAUAUUGAAAAUGAUACCAGGAUACAGCCGUGAUGUUACAUGUUAUUAAAGGAAAUGUCUUAUUUUUCGUAUAAA